UCCGUGCUCUGGGAGUGCGCGUGCCCUCAGAGCGGUGGUUUCUCCGGUUCCGCACUGACUGCAGCGAAAGCGGAGCAAUAACAAUAAUAACAACAACAACAAUAAUAAUCUCACACCGCAGAAGAAGCGCGUGAGCAUGUUGCUGUCUGAGAAUGGGAUUAUCCAGGAACCGCACGCGCAUGACAUGAUUGUGAUGACGGCAUGGUGAGUGUGGAGCCUGACCCCUGACCCCUGCGCCUCGGCAUGGUGAGCGUGGAGCCUGACCCCUGACCCUCGGCAUGGUGAGUGUGGAGCCUGACCCCUGACCCUCGGCAUGGUGAGUGUGGAGCCUGACCCCUGACCCCUGCGCCUCGGCAUGGUGAGCGUGGAGCCUGACCCCUGACCCCUGCGCCUCGGCAUGGUGAGCGUGGAGCCCGACCCCUGCGCCUCGGCAUGAUAGCGUUUAGCAGUGUUCAGGAUGAGCAGUGGAAGCAGAGCGCUGGGAGACUCAGGAGUAGAAGAAGGGCCAUGGGAAGAGCCGGAGGAGGAUGACGAGCCCAAAGUGUGCCAAGUGUGUGGAGAUGCUGCUACAGGAUACCACUUCAAUGCCAUGACCUGUGAGGGCUGUAAGGGUUUCUUCAGACGGGCCAUGAAGGGUACACCUAAUUUCCACUGUGCGUUCCAGAGCAAUUGCGUCAUCACCAAGAAUAACCGACGUCAGUGUCAGUCUUGCCGACUACAGAAAUGCCUCUCGAUUGGCAUGCUGAAAGAAUUGAUCAUGUCAGAUGAGGCCGUGGAGAAGCGGAGGAUGCUCAUUCGAAGGAAAAGGAUGGCUGAGGAACCUACUGAGCUCACACAAGAACAAGAAUCCACUAUUCAGGAGCUGCUCAUGGCCCACAAAAAAACAUUCGACAUCACCUUCUCUGACUUCAACCAGUUCCGGCCCCCUGACUGUGAAGCUGAGCACACCCAGCAGCCUUCGCUAAGCCACCAGUUUUCUCCUGAGGCGGAAGGAAAGGAAGAGGUAGACGACACCAUGGAGAACAUCGAGAGGGAUGGCUCUGCUUUUGGCAGCACAGACUGUGAACUGCAAACUGAGGAAUCAGAAAACAAGAGUCAACAAGAAAAAAUCAAGUUCACUAACCUCCCUCACAUCACAGACCUGAGCACCUACAUGAUCCAGAAGGUCAUCAGCUACGCCAAGCUCAUCAAAGCUUUCAGAGCUCUGAAAAUAGAGGAUCAGAUCGCAUUGCUGAAAGGUUCUGCGUUCGAGAUUGUCCUCAUACGCUUCAACAUGCUAUUUAAUGAAAAGACGGGGAUUUGGGAAUGUGGCUCGCUGAAGUACUGCAUGAAUGAUGCUCACCGUGCUGGUUUUCAGCGCCACCUGUUGGACCCUCUCCUGAAGUUCCAUUACGCGCUGCGCAGGCUGCACUUACAUGAGGAAGAGUAUGUCCUGAUGCAGGCAAUUUCACUCUUCUCACCAGACCGGCCGGGUGUGACGCAACACAGUGUGGUUGAUGAGCUUCAGGAGACAUUAACGCUCACACUAAACACCUACAUUAGUGUGAAGCGGAGCGACCCACAGAAACAAUUGCUGUUGCCAAGAGUCAUGGCUUGCCUGGCUGAAAUGAGGACACUGAACGAGGAACACACGAAACAGGUGCUGCAGAUUCAGGACGUCCAGCCCGAAAUGUCUCCCCUAGUUCUGGAGAUUGUGAGCAGACCGUGCUGACCCUUGUACCAGAGGUCGCACCUCAGAACAGACCAGAGCAUCUUAACCCUCACAGCUAUGUAGCACAGGGUUGUCUGUGGAUGUCUUUAGUACUGUUGGACGACGCGAGGCAUGUAGUGUGCUAAUGCAGCAUUCCAGCAGCUUUACCAUGAGUUGGCUCAACGACUACAAGGUUGUUCAUUACAUUACAGGCAUUUAGCAGACGCUCUUAUCCAGAAUGAUGAACAACAUCCCCAGGGCAGCCUGGGGAGCAGUUGGGGGUUAGGUGCCUUAUUCAAGCCAUUCCUGCUGGUCCAGGGAAUUGAACUGGUGACCUUUUGGUCCCAAAGCUGCUUCUCUAACCAUUAGGCAUUUUAACAAGAUACACUGCUAAUUAGAGAAAGGAACACUACCAGCGAGUGCCUAUUAGCGAAGAUCUUCAUCCAGUGUAACUAAGCAACUCCAAAUGGUCCAUGUAACCAGUGACCAUCAGCUGCUUAAAGGGCAUAUUCUGGACCAGUUUCAUUUUUUUUUUUAUAUGAAAGUAUGUCCCUUUACACACUCAUCCAGAAGGGUAAUUUUGCACAAGGCCAUCUGUCUACAGCAGAAAAAAAUAAAAUAAAACCUGUCUGAAAAAAUCCCAAGAGAGUCUGGAGCCAGAAUCGUGACGUUACCUGCGGAAGCGCCAGCAGGCUGCGAGAGCUUUGCACGGUUUCAGUGCACAGCCUGUGUAGACCAAGCGCUCCCGUUUCUCUCUCACUGUCCGGGCUUUUGGGAAAUGAUGAGUACUAAUCCCAUCAAGACUGGUGUUGCGACACCCUCCUGUGAGAAUGUUGGAGAAAUUUGCGGAAAACCACCAGGUCGUUUUCUCAUAAGCAAACCAGCGCUGACGUAGGAUUCAGGAGGCGUCCUGCACGCGACGUCACGGAAAUCCAAAUGGCGAGUUUUUUCAGAGGCGGACCAAUUCGCCUCAAAUGACUUGAUUUCAACUGAAUUUUUCUGGUAUUGCGUAAGGUAAAAAAAUGUUACAGAUAUUUGACCAAAGUUUAAUAUAAAAUAGGAGAAUUACACUGAUCUUGCUCCUGAAUUUACCCUUAAUAUGCACUUUAAGCAAAUCCACACAUGGCAGAAAUACAGGGAAAUGUUUGAAAAUCCUCCAAGCUUCAUUUGUAGCAAAUGAAAUAUACUUUUAAUUCUGUAAAGCAGAGAUGGGUGGGGGGGAUUGAAACGGUUAAAGACAUCAAGCACACGCCGAUCACAGACUACAGGAAAUUGGGGUGGCUUGGAGAGGGAAGCCCUUGAUUCAACAUGAAUUCACUACAGCAAGUUUUAUAGGUUUUGUGAGAUUAGUAGGUGAGGCAGAACACAAGAUCAACUGUGAGCUACUGCUCACUUACAUAUAGUCCCGCUCUCACUUAGAACACAAGCAAUCAAAGGAAUAGAACACUUUUGAAUGUUGACUUCAACAAAUAAUUAACCCUGAAACAAGUAAAUUAAAAGUUUGUAGUUGUUGAGAAAAGUGUUAAAGAUUUUGCAAAUCCACGCUAUAUGUUUCAUAAAUAUAUUCAGUUGGUAAACAGGAAGUCGAUGUGCAACAGUCCUGAAAACGGUAUACACGGUAUAGACCCCCAAGCUGAAGCUCGGUACCAAAUAUCAAGCAGCUGUGAUUUGUAGUUGCUAAGAAAAGUGUUACGAAGAUUUUGUAAAUCCACCGUGUGUUUUUCAGAAAUACAUUGUCAGUAAACAGGAAGUUGAUGUGCAACAGACCUGAAAACACUGUACACGGUAUAGAACCCCAAGCUGAAGUUUAGUACCAAGUGGCUAUGAUGUGUGGUUGCUGAGAAAAAGGGUGUUUCAAACAGAUGGCGAUACGGAUAGAUAAAAGUAAACUAGUAUUUAAAAAAAAAAAAAACCCGGAGCAGGGGUACAAGUAGAAAUGUGAAGGAUGGAGUUGGAUCUGAUCGGACUCUUCCUGUCAGCCUAACCCCAAUUCCUAGUCUGUGAGAUGCUGUCAGGAAGGGGGGGGGAGACAAAACAAUGCAACACGUUUAUCCAGCCUAAAAUGUCUGACAAACUGUGCAUAGCUACAUAUACGCUAUAGUAAGUAAUUGUGCAGCUACAAAGUGCCCUAUAUGAUAGUUACCGUACCUGAUAACAUGGCCACUUGUAGCACUGAGGUUGCUGCUACUUAUAAAAUAGCUAGAGAAUGUUUAAAUACAUCUCAAAGUAUACACUUUUAAUAUUAUUUUAACACAAGCUCAAGGGACUAAACAUUAGGUCAAACCAACCACCAGCAUUGUUCCAUUCCAUCCAUUAUCCAUCACUGUGCGGGAUCGCCGGCAAGCUGGAGCCUAUCCCAGCUGACUAUGGGUGAAAGGCGGGGUACACCCUGGACAAGCCACCAGGUCGUCGCAGGGCUGAUACAUAGAGAGACACAACCAUUCACACCUACGGUCAAUUUAGAGCCACCAAUUAACCUAACCUGCAUGUCUGGGAAACCAGAGCACCCGGAGGAAACCUACACAGAAAGGCCCCCAUUGGCCACUGAGCUUGAACCCAGAACCUUCUUGCUGUGAGGCAACAGUGCUAACCACUACACCACCAUGCUACCCGGUAGUGUUGUUUGAUUGUACAAUGGCAGUAGGUUAUGCUCUGGGAUAAAUGCAGCUUCGCUUAAAAGCAGAUCAGGUUUACUUUUACUCAGUCUGAUUGGGAUUUUUUUCAAACAGCUGAAGAAACACCAAACUCUAGGUCACUGGUUUUCAAAAGUGGGGUUCAAGGACAUGAAGCCUAGCCAGGGGUCUGCAAGUUUUGUAAUAGUGGUGAAAAUCACAGAUCAUCUUAUGCUAUCUGCAUCAGUUUAUUACUCCAAAUAGCCGUAUCUGUAUUCAGCUUUAAUAGAUUGAUGACUUACCCAGGGUGCACCCCGAGUCUCGCCUGAAGUAAGCUGGGAUUGGCUCCAGCUUCCCCUGCGACCGACAGAUGAGGUAGACAUGAUGAAUGAUUGUAUUCAGCUUCAAACCUGAUGUGGGUGUGGCCUAAACCAGACAGUAACUAGAAAAGCACUCGGAGAGCGCAGACCUCUGCCAAGAAUCCUUUAAAAAAUCCGGGAUCCAGAAGGUGAUCCGGAUCACCGCCAAAAUUUAAUGGAUUGUUAUUUGUGCCCAGUCACACCUCUGGAAAAAAUUUCAGAGCAAUCCGUUCAUUACUUUGCUAACAGACAAAGCAACAAACAAACCAACGCUACUGAAAACAUAACCUCCUUGGCGGAGGUAAUAAUAAUAACAAUAACUAGAAUGCAUUUCCGGAGAAAAUGCAAAAGUGUGCUUGCUCAGGUGUGCCGCCAUGGCGACCGCACGCCCACACGACAAGUUUUGUGUCAACACGCGAAAGUUUGGCCGACACAAGGCGGAUUCUCAUACGGAGAUGACAGGCUGGCAAGGUUCUUUACAGGGACAUCCCAGAGCAUCACUAACAUGAAAAUGUAGAUGUAAUUCUAAAUCCGUAAAGAGAUAUGACCCAAAACACGUUUUUUGCUCAUUGUGGCGCCCCCUAGUGACCAAAUGACACCAAAUUUGAUGAGGGUACAUGAACCGGUGCCGAAAGUCAUUUCAACAAACAUGGUCUUGAUAUGUCAAAGCGUUUCUGAGAUAUGAGCCAAAAUACGUUUUUGCUAAUUGUGACGCCCCCGAGUAGCCAAAUGACACCAUAUUUGAUGAGGGUAGUUUGGAUGGUGUCCAAAGUCAUGCCAGUAAAUAUGAUCUUGAUAUGUCAAAGCAUUUCCAUGAUAUGAGCUCACUUCCUGUUUGGUGGCUUCGCCAUCGAUUUUGAUUGGCUGCCACGGGCGAACGCUUCGACAUGAGAGCGAAACGAUUAUCAUUCAUUAGGCAUGGACUGGAGAUCACACGUGCCAAGUUUCGUGAUGAUCGGACAAAACAUGUGGCCAGGGUCACUCUACCUUCACUUUGGACAAAAUUCAAAAUGACGGAAAAUCUGAUUAGGCGGAGAAUGACGUCAUAGCAUACGUUGGAAUCGUCUAGCUCCAAGGAUUCCAACAGCACCAGACUUAUGAAAAUCGGACAUAUGGCUCAAAAGUUACGUGCAUGAACGCAUGUAAGACUGAUCAGUUGGUGGCGCUAGAGCGUGAGACGUACCAACAUGAAACUUGAUGAAAUCAAUCAGAGUCCACUCCUCUAUCAGUGUACCAUGUUUCAUGACUUUACACCUUACAGUCUGGCCUACAGAAGGAAAAAUCUGUUUUUUGCGUCGCGCGCCCAUUCAUUUCAAUGGGGAAAAAAUGAAUCGUCUAAAAAAAUCCGGGAUCCAGAAGGUGAUCCGGAUCACCGCCAAAAUUUAAUGGAUUGUUACUUGUGCCCAGUCACACCUCUGGAAAAAAUUUCCGAGCAAGCCGUUCAUUACUUUUUCCGUAAUGUUGCUAACAGACAAACCAACCAACCAACCAACGCUACCGAAAACAUAACCUCCUUGGCGGAGGUAAUAAUCCCAACACUUUCAACAUGCAUACAUGUCAACCUAUACGGAAUGUCCAUAUUUUAUACGGAUUUGAUUCAAUAAACGUAGUAUACGGGCGUACAAAUAAAGUUAUACGGAUUCUUUAAAAAAACUUCAAUAUUUAUUUAGAGCUAUAAUCAAUUCCCACGAUGAUAAAAGAGCGCAUAACAUUUACAAACGUACCGUACACCACAGGCAGCCAGUAAAGAGUCUUAUGAAAUCGUGCGUUAUCUUGUGGUAGCGAGACUUCGUUCCACUUUUGAUCAUGCGCACACCGCAUUGCGAGAAUCCUGCCAACCAGGAAGUCAUAGACAUAUAAACAUAGACGCCGCCUUCUGCGUAGAAUCACAUGUCAUCCUCGCCGCCAUAUUGGAUGUGGCAAAGUGGAGAUUCUUCAACCGUCUCUGGUAUAGCGUCUAGACAGUAGCCGAGAAUAAAGAUGCCUCAUUCAUGUGCUGCGUUUAACUGUACCAACAGGUUUACCGUCCAAACGAGAUCACAUGGGAUUACCUUUCACAGGUGAGACUGGAAAAAUACUUUUCAUUGUAUUUGGUCAUUAUAACGUAAUUUUACGAACAGAUUUUCCUGACUUUGUGGCUAAUAUGAAGCCUCGCGCAUAAUAGCCGCUCGGUGAAACCUGUCUCCAAACAACGAAGUAUUUCCUUCGUAACUACGCUGAUAACACUUUGUGUUUUUGUCAAACAUUGGAGCUUUGUAUUCAUUCUGAAGGUUUAUUGUUAUUAAUAUUGAAUAAAAAGUAACUGGGAUAUAUCAUUGUUAAUUAUCAUUCAAAUUUUAGGUAAAUUAUUUUAAUUUGCAUCUUAUAAGGAUUUUAUAAGGGAAAUACAGAUUUUGGAGGUUGGUUAUACAGGUUUGAUUGACCAAAGGUUGACAUGUAUGAGCAUGGUAUGAGAAUUCCAGCUUGGACAGAAGACUCGAGUUCAUAAUUGGUCUCGAUUAGACUGAUGCAAGACAGGAUUGCAUUUUAAAACCAGUCAAUUAUUAAUCUUUGUACCUGCUUGGAAUGUUUUCGAAUGAAUUUAAUCGGUUCUGUUCAGCAAAAUACAAACAAAUUCGUAGCUUAAUUUAAACCAUCAUAACCCUGGCCAGGCAGUUACUAAGUAUGCUGUAAAUGUAUCAUGCACCACCACAUAUUCACAUCAAUCAGCGUGGGCUUUCUUUGUCUCGCAAGCUUCAUAUCUAACUGCUCGCUCCCACAUGAAAGUAGAAAACUUUGUCUGCAUCACAUUUUACUCAUGUCCUGCCAAAGCACGGGUCCAAUGUGCAACCGAGUCUCAAUCAGAUGCCCUGUGAACCUUUCCUAAAAAGAAAGAAAUAUUUUCAAACCUCAAACACGACAGCACAGUAACAAGUAUGCAAGACUCGCGCUCGUUUGGGUUCAACUAUCUUUGGGAUGUGUUCAAAGUAAAGAUGUUUCAUUCUUCAAAGAAAAUGAAGCAGUGAAGAGGCUGGACUGCAUCGCAUCAAGCUGCUCUGCCUUUUGCAUGUAAAGUCACAUGACAAUUACGGUGUGUAAACCGCGAGGCCUGGGGAACACGCUGUCCGUUGAAAACGACGGGGGAAAAACACCACUAUACUGACUGUGUUUGUUGUAGAAAGAGACUAUGCUUAAAUGUUGUGUUACUUACGUUAGAUGUGUAAUAUGACAAAAAGAUUUAAUACUACGUGAAUGUUUUAUUUUGUGACAUUUGUAAUACAAGAUCAUUUGUAACAUGUACCUCAGUGAUUGACACUACAGGGUGUUGGGUGAAAGUGGUGCAAAGCUUCGCAGAAUAAAACACUAAUAUGGCUAAUACUGACAGAAAUCAAACAGGCCUAAGUGUGCUUUCAAAUGUUACACACCGUUAGGCACAAUGGCAUUUGAUUUUCGAAGCCGACUUUCACCCAGACGUGUGCCAGUCAUGGGAAAAAAAAUGCACUUUUGGCCACAUGGGUCCAAAAAAUACCUAGGUGGAAAACAUGAUCACCAGCACAGACAUGUUUAUUGCUCAGUACUUUAGGUUUACAAAUCUUUAGCAAGGGGGGAAAAAAACAACAACUACAGCACCAUCUGGUGGUCAACGUGCCAAUAUAAGCUCAGAAACCGAGCUAUAACUGGAGUUAAUUGAACACAUCUGAUCCUCGGUCACAUCCAGAGGCUUAAACACACACAUUUCUGUUUAGAUAACGUGAGAAAGUGGAUGUGUGAUGCCAUAAAUAAAUAUCGGCCAAAUAUUCCUGGAUGUGUGGAGAAUUUUUUCAAUGUCGAUGUACAGGUUUAUGAAAGCAAACAAACUGUUUUUAUGUAAACAACGAACAGUGAAGCCACUCAGGUCUGUUUGUCAGAAUAUUUGUGUAGAUGUUCUAACUCAGGAAAAUAAGCAGGAUGUUUAAACUGAAUGUGUUGUUCAUUGAUGCCUGUGACUUUUAAAUAAAGGCUGCAUUUUCUGGGUUUAUGAAUUGCUCAUGUGAUUGUCCAAUCCAGGACUUUUCAAAGUGUGGGGCGCGCCUCCCCUAGGGGGCGCCAGAGUUCUUCACAGGGGGCGCAACGUGAGGAAAAAUAAACCAGAAUAAGUUACUAUUGUGGACAUUUAGCGAACUUCAGCUAGCCUUUGCCAGAGACAAAAUGGAUCGAUUUUUAGUACCUAAAGCUACAGUGAGUGAGGAGACAGAGUCUGGGCCAAGCAAAAAAAGAAGGAAGUAUGACCACGAUUAUUUAAAGUUUGGAUUUUCAUGGACUGGACCUGAAGAUGCUCCACUGCCACAGUGUGUUGUCUGCCAAGAGGUGCUAGAUGUUUUAAAAAGCAUAGAUGUUUAAAAUGUGUAAAAAAAAAUAUGUUUAAAAAAAAAGCACAGAUGUUUAAAAUGUGUAAAAAAGAUGUUUUAAAAAGCACAGAUGUUUAAAAUGUGUAAAAAAGAUGUUUAAAAAAAAGCACAGAUGUUUAAAAUGUGUAAAAAAGAUGUUUAAAAAAAGCACAGAUGUUUAAAAUGUGUAAAAAAGAUGUUUUAAAAAAAGCACAGAUGUUUAAAAUGUGUA